UGGACUGGCAGAGUCGGCAGGGUGUCAAACAACAUCAUCAGGCCGAAAGAGUGGCUCGGUCGUUGUGUAGCCCCCGGAUUCGUCAGCCGUCUGCCAACUGGACUGCCCGCCAGGGUCUUCGUCUCGAAGGGUUCUCGGACAAAAGCUGGGUCUCGCCAACGGGCCUUCGACGGAGUGAAACGCGAAGGGAAGCCGGACGAAACGUCGGGGUCGCGGCUCCUGUCAUGUCGGCCCUGCCAGCCUUCUGAAGAAGGAAAAAGACAGUGUCGUACUUGAGGGAAACAUAAGAACUCAAAUCCGGAUCUGAGACGAAAGAGAAAAAAUCCGACUGAAUUUGGUUUAUUUUUAUUUUCGUUUAUCGUCCCGAACGAUGAAUCGCAGUGACGGCCUGGUCCAGAGACGAAAUGUGAAUCGUGACGUAUCCGGUGUCCAGAAGGAGAGCCAGAAUGCGGACGAGAAGGCGAAGGACCGGGAGGAAGACAGCGAAGACGGUGACUCGAAAGAGACGAGGCUCACCCUCAUGGAGGAAGUCCUCCUCCUCGGGUUGAAAGAUAAGGAGGGUUAUACGUCUUUCUGGAAUGACUGCAUAUCCAGCGGUUUGAGAGGAUGCAUUAUCAUCGAACUCGGUUUGAGAGGAAGGAUAGAAUUGGAGAAAGCCGGAAUGAGGAGAAAAUCAUUGCUUAGUAGAAAAGUCAUUGUAAAAAAUGAUUCUCCCACUGGUGAUGUUUUGCUUGACGAAGCGUUGAAACACAUGAAGGACACUGAUCCGCCGGAAACUGUUCAAAGUUGGAUCGAAUAUCUUAGUGGCGAAACAUGGAACCCGCUAAAGUUACGAUAUCAAUUGAAAAACGUGAGAGAGCGACUGGCUAAAAAUCUCGUCGAGAAAGGAGUGCUAACAACGGAAAAACAACAUUUCCUACUGUUUGACAUGACCACUCAUCCUCUCACAGAUAACGUAGCAAAGUCCCGCUUGAUUAAAAAGGUCCAAGAAGGUCUUCUAUCCAAAUGGGUCAACGACCCUCAAAGAAUGGACAAGAGGCUUCUUUCCCUCUUGGUCUUAGCCCACGCUUCAGACGUAUUGGAAAAUGCUUUCGCACCGCUCAACGACGACGAAUAUGAGAUGGUUUUAAGAAGAAUCAGGGAAUUGGUUGACCUCGAUCUUGAAGCAGAAGGAGCGAAAGGUUGUCCAACGGACGUCCAUUGGGCUGUAUUUGCAGCAUUUACAAAAUAAUUAAAAUGGAAAAUUGAGGGAAAAAAUCUAUUUGUUGAGCAGACCACGCAAUGAAAGUAAAACAAAUAUUUUAAUUGUUUUAAUUUAUCGGAAAAGCUAAAAUCAAAUAAAGACUUGAAUUUUAUCAUACGGUCAUGUAUAAUAAAAGUGUAUUUAAAAAAAUUCUAAAUUUUGUUAUCAUCUUACAAUGAGAAGAAAAAAUAAACUGAAUAAUUUAUAAUAAUGUUUUUAAAUUAUACUUUGCUUUCAGAAGUUAAAUGUUAAUUGCAGUCCGUUUGCAUCAGCAGUUGGAUGACUGUUUUUUCCUUUUUCUUUCUUUUAUUGGCCGUUUAUUAUUUUAUUAAAUUUUACCUUUAUUAUACGUUAAGAAGUGCAAUUUAUUGUGUAUUAGUAAAUUGAAUUUCUCUGACAAAUUUGGAAAAUGAUGUGCAUCACAAUCAACAUGUGUGAUCUCAUGGAAGGAAAUUUCUGUUUGUACAGUACAU